UCCAGCAGUGAGCAGCUCCACAGCGCACUGAACCGUCAAAAACCCGAAGGAACUCUUACGGCCGAAAGGAAUAAUACUUAUUGUCCAAUUGUUUUCAGCCAUCCGAAAAGUGCAGCAGAAAGGCGUAAAAGAAAUACCGGCAGCUCAGGUGAUUACAACUCAUAAAGAAGAACAUUACGGCUCCUGGGAACUCAAACGGAUUCGCGCGUCUACAAACAUUUGGAAAGACGAAAAAACUAAUAAUUACGUUCUGACUGCUUUCUGUCUCAAUGAUUCUUACAAGUGGAAUCAAACUUUGUGGUGGACAGUAAACAUAAGGGUCAGAGAUUUUGUCAUCUGUGUUUGGAAGCAGAGAGAUCAUGCUGUCAGAUGAACUGUGGUCAGCACACAUCCUUGUGGUGCUGGUGAUGUGGACCUUGGGUUCCCAGUCUGACCCACUCUCUGCCCCACGCGUCUUCCUGUCCUUCAAAGAGCUGAAGGCGACUGGCACCGCACACCAUUUCUCCUUCCUGCUCAACACCACCGACUAUCGCAUCCUGCGCAUGGACGAGGACCAUGACCGUAUGUAUGUUGGCAGCAAAGACUACAUCCUCUCGCUGGACCUCCAUGACAUCAACAAGGAGCCACUCAUAAUCCACUGGCCUGUUCCCGCACAGAGAAAAACUGAAUGUAUUUUAUCUGGAAAAGACAUUAAUGGAGAAUGUGGUAACUUCAUCCGUCUGAUCGAGCCGUGGAACCGAACCCACCUUUAUGUGUGUGGAACCGGGGCCUACAAUCCUGUCUGCACCUAUGUAAACCGAGGACGCCGAGCACAGGCCGCUCUACACCUGCAGAUGCCCCAGGCAGGAGGGAGGGCGAGUCGGGCAGCAGACCUCACCACCACGGCAGAGCCAGUGGAGCCGAAGGAAUAUAUAUUUCGUUUGGAACCAGACACACUGGAUUCUGGAAAAGGGAAAUGUCCCUAUGACCCAAAGCUCAACAGCGUGUCUGCUUUAAUCAAUGGGGAGCUCUAUGCCGGAGUCUACAUUGACUUCAUGGGAACAGACUCUGCUAUUUUUCGAACUCUGGGCAAGCAAACAGCCAUGAGGACCGACCAGUACAACUCCAGAUGGUUAAAUGAGCCCUCAUUCGUCCAUGCACAUCUCAUCCCUGACAGCGCUGAAAAGAAUGAUGACAAGCUUUACUUCUUCUUUCGCGAGAAGGCCUCUGAGAUGGGGCAGAGCCCAGUAAGCCAGUCCCGUAUCGGAAGGAUCUGCUUGAACGAUGACGGCGGCCACUGCUGCUUGGUGAACAAGUGGAGCACCUUCCUGAAAGCACGGCUCGUUUGCUCUGUGCCAGCAGCGGACGGAAUCGAAACCCACUUCGACGAACUCCGUGAUGUUUAUAUACAGCAGACACAGGACACAAAGAAUCCUGCCAUCUAUGGAGUCUUCUCAGUAUCAGGGUCCGUGUUCAAAGGCUCGGCAGUGUGCGUCUACUCAAUGGCCGACAUCCGCAUGGUCUUCAAUGGGCCCUUUGCUCACAAAGAGGGACCCCACUACCAGUGGGUGGCCUAUGCUGGGAAAAUACCUUACCCAAGGCCAGGAACGUGUCCUGGAGGGACCUUCACUCCCAAUAUGAAGUCCACCAAGGAUUAUCCAGAUGAAGUCAUCAACUUCAUGCGCAACCACCCGACAAUGUACAAUGCUGUGUACCCUGUGCACAAGCGCCCUCUGGUGGUGAGGACCAACGUGGACUAUGAGUUCACUACCAUCACAGUGGACCAAGUGACAGCUGCGGAUGGGACAUAUGAAGUUCUCUUCCUUGGAACCGAUCGAGGAACUGUUCAGAAGGUGAUCGUUCUGCCGAGAGAUGACCUGAGAACUGAGGAGCUAGUCCUUGAGGAAGUGGAGGUGUUCAAGGUCCCCACUCCAAUCACAACAAUGAAAAUUUCUUCAAAAAGACAACAGCUGUACGUGGGUUCAGAGUCGGGAGUGACUCACCUGGCCCUUCAUCGCUGUGAUGUGUAUGGAGAGGCAUGCGCUGACUGCUGCCUUGCCCGCGAUCCCUACUGCGCCUGGGACGGCAAGUCCUGCACACGCUACUCUGCAUCUCAGAAGAGGCGAAGCCGAAGACAGGAUGUGAAGUAUGGAAACCCGAUUCGGCAGUGCAGAGGCUAUAACUCAAAUGCCAAUAAGAACACAAUGGAGACGGUGCAGUAUGGCGUCGAGGGGAGCAGUGCAUUCCUGGAAUGCCAGGCCAGGUCUCCCCAUGUGUCCAUCAAGUGGCACUUGCAGAAGGACAGCAGUGACAGGAAGAAAGAGAUGCGAUCAGAUGGACGGGUGCUGAAAACUGAUCAGGGCCUGCUGCUGCGAUCUCUGCAGCCUUCUGAUGCCGGACUUUACCAGUGUACUUCCACUGAGAAGAACUUCAAACACAUGCUGCUUAGGCUGCAGCUGGUGGUUCUGUCCAACCGGGCCGUUAACAACAUCCUGAUGGAGAAUGGUUGGCAGACGGCUGUAGUGCCUCCACUUCCCUCCAGCCCGUGGACACCCAGUGCGGGCCAGUACAAGGACCUCCUGACCAUCCUCAGCCAGCCCGAGAUGGGCCUCAUCAAUCAGUACUGCUUGGACUACUGGCAGCUGGGUAAUGUAGGCUUCAUGGACCCCAUGAUGAGUAGCAUCAAAGCAAAGGACCUGAAGGAGCUGAAGGAGCAGAAGAAGUCACGCAACCGCCGAAAUCACGGGGGACACCCGUGGGUCCAUGAGACAUGAAAAUGUCAAAAACGGUCCAUGACAAAGACUUGUACAGAUGAGGAAACUCCAGCGUUCAAAAGGAAAAGAAACCAACCUGAAGCAACCUGAAUCAAGCAAGCAGAAGUUCAUGUCAACAGUGAAAAAAAAAUGUUACACAGUAUUUAUUAUAGGUUGUACAUAGUAUGACUUUGUGGAUUUAUUUGUUAUAAAGUAGAAAAAGUACAAAAAGGCUCUUUUUGUAUAGGUACUGUUUCAGGAAAACUCUAAUAAUAAUAAUUAUAACAAUAAUAAUAAUAAUGAUGAUGAUGUUACUAUUGUUAUCCUGAAAUAUAAAAGAGCUGCAACCCACUUUAAAAGAUUUUCCGAAAAAUAACUGAAAAUAAUUAUUGACAAUUUUUGAAUAAUAAUUCAAAUGGGUUUCUAUUAAAAGAAACAGGAGUGAGUCAGACUGAGGCUGUAUAAGAUUUGGGUUUAGCUCGUGUUUGCAUGUUUCCGGGAGUUUCCGUAACUGACACUUUGCCCGAGCCCAGGUUCAAUUUGCAAUAAUAUUUUGCAUCGCGAGGGAGGAGCUCAGAAAAUCUGGGAUUUUGGGACGCAGGACCUGAGGGACUGAAGCGAAACUUGAUGUUUCAUCAUUUAGUCCAAACACCUGUGGACACUUCAGACAGCAGUGAUGUCGGCAUCUCUGCAUUGCCUAAGCACAGUAACUUAAAUUAACCAAACUGAACCAAAAGUGUAUCGUAAUAUAACCUGACAUAUAAGUUUGGUUUGACUAUUUUGUCUAUUUUUCUGAACUGGUUUUUAUCUGCCUUAGUGUCCACAGUUGUUACCUUCAUAUUUGUGAGCCCAACUGCUUCCAAACAAAUAGCAAUGGUUUCGUUUCUGUUGUGUGUGUAUAUUACUUCUCAAUAUUGUACCUGUGAGAGCAUAAUUUUUUUUAAUCAGAUCAGCUGCUGAAUAUGGCAACGAAACUACCAAUGCUGUGAAAUUGCAUGAUAUUUCUGAUGUGUCUUUAAAAACUGACUCGCACAUCUGUGGCAUCUACAUAGAAUAAUACAUUAAGAAACAGCCCAUUAAACAGGAGAGCUUCCUUUGUGACAAGGAAAAGCAGCACAAAGGUAUUACGUCGUCUGGUUUUGGGUAUAAGAGCAAGGGAGUAGAGAAUGUCUUUAAGAAUUUCAACAUAGGGAUAUGUCUGCAGAAGCAUAAAGCAGCAUAGUAAAAAUGUGACAUCACGUUAACAUCAAAUGCCAGUGGACUUCUGCCCAUACUUGUACAGGGUAAUAUUUUUAAAGUGUCCAUUUGUCCCAUUAGCUGAUAGCAGGACCCCAGCACCUGGUCUGCUAGAUCCAUGAACAUUUGGUGCUUAAGGUCUGUCUUAAACAUGUCGAUAUGAGUUAAAUUAACAGAGAUAAAGCAGUCCGUACUUUAUAGAAGCCUGUGCAAUAUUCUUCUCGCACGUCCAAUCUGGUGAAAUCUGAAUGUUGGCCUGUGCAAUGUGGUCAAGAUGCAGUGGCAGUCUGUUCAUAGGGUAAAUCCCCUUCCAGUGUAAAGGCUCGGGAAAUCCGUGGUUGACUUUCAACAUUGCAUGUCCAGUCGCACAAAAAGGUGAAUAGUAUAAAAAAGCACAAUUGGGCUGGAUUAAUGAGAGAUGGCACCGAUCGACUUGGCAACAUCGCUGAUGUGUGUCAUACUGUUCUGAAAGGAAGCAGUUCAAAUUUUCAUAGACACUUUGGUUCCACAUGUAGAACCUCAAUGUAUAUACACAUCCAGAACGUCUAACCUGAGUGUGACACAUACCAAAAUGUUGGGAAGCUGGCUUUUCAUUGUGUGCAUGAAAUGUACCUGUACUGUAUAUACAAGUGAAACAAAAAGCUAUAUUGCCGGGUUUUUUAGUUUUUUUUUCUUUGAUGUUCCUUAAAUAACAGAUAUUGAAUGUUUGUUAUUUUAUGUGAAUAAUGUCAAUACUUGGCCCUAGAGACUGGUACAAUGUGAGAAAGUCAUAUUCUAUGCCGUGGCUACAAUGGGCCCAAGUCUGUUUUUCAGUGUUUGGUAUCUUUAAUUUCCCCUGUUUUACAUCAUGGGAUAAAACAGAGGGCUACAAAGAAAAGAUGUACAAUUUCUUCGUAUUUUUACAACAUGCCUUUAGCUUUUUUUGGUAGGUGGUGUUGAUUUCUUAAGAAAGAGGGUGUAAAUGCUACAAACUCAAUUCACAGGUGUUGUAAUGAUGUCUAUGACUUUCUUUUCCCCUUUUCAUUGUUGAUGUUGCUAACUAAUAAAUGAAAGCUCUAUAUUUAUAAGAA